CAGGGUCCCUGGUGGCCAGGACAGAGUUGAAGCUACUCCCGUUGAGACCCUGAACACAGGCUUUGUGUCCUUUAAGGAGACCAUCCUCCAGCAAUGGCCUCCUCCUUGCUCCUGGCUCUUCUGUUCCUGACUCUAGCCACAGUAGUGAACCUCGAAACUGAUGGUCCAUGUCCAGCAUGUUGGGGUGCCACCUUUGACCUGGAGAGCCAUCGGGAGCUCCUUCUCGAUUUGGCCAAGAAAAGCAUCCUGGACAAGCUGCACCUCAGCCAGCGCCCCACACUCAGUCGGCCUGUGUCCAGAGAGGCCCUCAAGACCGCGCUGCGGCGCCUCCGUGGGACUCGAGCGGAAACCCUGUUGGAGCAUGACCAGAGACAAGAAUAUGAGAUCAUCAGCUUUGCUGACACAGGCCUCUCCAACAUCAACCAAACCCGUCUCGAGUUCCACUUCUCUGAUAGAACUACUGGUGGUGUGGAGGUCCUGCAGACCCGUUUCAUGUUCUUCAUGCAGCUCCCUCCCAACACCACCCAGACCAUGAAUAUAAGAGUUCUUGUGCUAAGGCCAUAUGACACCAACCUCACCUUGACAAGCCAGUACACGCUGCAGGUGGAUGCCAGUGGCUGGUACCAGCUUCUCCUAGGACCCGAAGCUCAAGCUGCUUGCAGUCAGGGGCACCUCACUCUGGAGCUGGUGCCGGAAAGUCAGCUAGCCCACAGUUCCUUGAUCCUGGACAGGUUUUCCCACAGGCCUUUUGUGGCAGCCCAGGUAAGAGUUGAGGGCAAGCAUCGGGUACGCCGGCGAGGUAUCAACUGCCAGGGGCUGUCCAGGAUGUGCUGUCGGCAAGAGUUCUUCGUGGACUUCCGUGAGAUUGGCUGGCAUGACUGGAUCAUCCAGCCCGAAGGCUAUGCCAUGAACUUCUGCACCGGGCAGUGCCCACUACAUGUGGCAGGCAUGCCUGGCAUCUCUGCGUCCUUUCACACUGCAGUGCUGAAUCUGCUCAAAGCCAACACAGACGCUGGCACUGCCGGCAGGGGCUCAUGCUGCGUGCCUACGUCUCGGCGCCCUCUGUCUCUGCUCUACUAUGACAGGGACAGCAACAUUGUCAAGACGGAUAUACCAGACAUGGUGGUAGAGACCUGUGGGUGCAGUUAGCUUAUGUGUGAUAUAGGCAGCCUGAGGUAGAGCGGCAGCCUGAGGUAGAGCGGCCUUCCCCAGGAAGGGGUGACUCUGCUCCGGCUUCUGUCCAGAAUGUAAGCACCUUCUUUCUAAGCAUACAGACAUCCCUCCGUUGACUCCAGGAGAUCCACCUCUAAAGGGAGUCACUCACGAUCAACAGCCUUUCUCUCCCCUUGGACAUGGUUGACCCAGUAUACCCACAUCUUCAGCUUGGCCAAGGGCUAAUCCACUGCCAACCACAAGCAGUAUCAUUUCAUUCCCAGCAAACACAUCCUUAGUUCACCCUUAGUCAACUAUGUCGCCUACUCUGCCUCCCUGACCUGCCACCUGAGGCUCCCACCGCGAUGACGUGCCUUAGUAUCUCCUCUUGAAUUCUAUGGCUCUCCCAAGAGCCCUUUCCUCAGCUUCACCAAAGAUUAUGCCGCUGUCUUCCAAAGCAAGGCGCUCUCAGAUCUUGAGACCCUCACCCAGAUGUGCCGCUAAAUGCUGUCUGCACAGCUUCCAGUGUUCUCUGCCCUCCUCUGCCCUUGUGGGUGGCAUACCAAGACUCAUCACCUGAACUCUCCUACCCAACUGAACUUGACCAAAGGGAGACUCAGGUUGGAAACAAAAGCCCAGGAUGAUACACGGAAAAACUCCAUUAGGCACAGUGACGUACAUGUGUAAUUUGAGAGACUGAGGCAGGAGGAGAUCUAUCUAAAGGUUGAGACCAACUAGCUGUAGGCUAGCCUGGGCUAUGCUGUUAAGACCUUGUCACAAAGUACAAGAAGGGAGAAUAAAAGAAUAUUUCCUA